GGCUGAACUUAGCAGAAGUGGAGAUGCCUUGGCGAUUCUCUCUGCUUGCCAAGCUGCUGCAGGGUCGCUAACAGACUGGGGUUUUUUUUUGCGUACACUGGACGCUGCAGCCACGCUGGUUCUGGCGCCAAGUCUCUACUGCUGUUGCCAAAAUGGUGAUUAAAGUGUUUGUGGCAACGUCCUCGGGGUCGACGGCGAUUAAAAAGAAACAACAAGAAGUAGUAGGCUUUUUAGAGGCCAAUAAAAUUGAUUUUAAGGAAAUGGACAUAGCCUGUGAUGAAGACAAUCGGAAAUGGAUGAGAGAAAAUGUUCCAGGUGAAAAAAAGCCACAAAAUGGGAUUCCUCUCCCUCCCCAGAUAUUCAAUGAGGAACAAUAUUGUGGGGAUUUUGAUUCAUUUUUCUAUGCAAAAGAAGAAAACUAUAUUUAUUCAUUCCUGGGAGUUGCUCCUCCACUAGGCUCAAUGGAAGGGAGGAUUACAGAGGAGGUACUGACUGUGCCAAAUGGGGAUAUUUCUGGAGAAGAGAACAAAACUGCAGAGGAGACUGAAAAAUGUUCUGUUACUGAAGAAAAUGAGAUACAAGCGGAAGAUGAGGUUGAGGCCAUGCCUGAGGGUGAGGGUGAAGCUCAGGCUGAGGCUACUGAAGCACAGGGACAAGAUGAAGAACAGCCAGCAACAGAAGAAGUAGAAGCAACACAGGAAGAAGAGGAGGAAAAAAUGGAAAAAGAAGAAGAGGAGGAGGAAGAAGAAGAAGAGGAAGAAGAAGAGGAAUCUUAAUAUAUUUGUUUGCUACUUUUUCUUCAGAAGAUGUUUCAGGAACUGACGAUAUCACUGCAGAGUGAAGACAACAAUCCCUUUCCCUCCAUAUUAUUGUUUUUCUACGCAACUCCAGAUAUCAGCACAGAUAUAUUUUGAGACAUUAAGCAGCUCCAAAUGUGAACUUUCUACAUAAACUUCCUUGCUGUGUUGUAUAUGUACAGUAGUUUCUGCCUUGGAAUCCAGUGGGGCUUCAGAUCUUGAUGAUCAACAAGCAUUAUGAGAUUGGCUUUAGGAUAUGUGGUUCCUCUGAGCAAGGAUUAGUUCAGACUCCAUAUUGGUUUCCUGAAAGGUACAUACUAGAAUGGCCAAGCCGUUCUCAACUGGAAAACCCCAAAGAAGCUCUCAAUUUAUGUGCCAGAAUUUACUGAUCUCUAAAAUAGCCAUAGAAUAUACAGCAAUUGUAAUAAACCCAUUUCAUGCCAAUGGCAUGCUUGUGCUUGUACAAGCAUUCAUUUGUCAACAUCAGUCACAAAAUUAGACAGCUAAAAAUCAUUAUUUUUAUUCCCUUACAAAAAGCAUUAUGUGGUAAUCUCUACUUCCCUCUUCUAUUUUUUUGCCAGUUUACACUAACUUACAUUUUCUUAUUAUAAUUUCACUUUUAAUAGAGGCAGGCCUUUUCAAAAGAUACUAAUCACUGUAUCAGUGAAAGUAUAUAAGCUGGAAUAUUAGAUUUCCCUUCUGUUAAUGACAUUAUAUAAGGUCAAAAAUAUCUGAAGGUAAUUGAUGGAGAACAAAACUGUCUAACCCAUUCUUUUGCAAUCCUUUAUAAGCUUUGCAGGAAGCUAUGAACAUUAAUGGAAAACCCAUUGGUAAAUAAGCUAGUAAUAUCACCAUAAAGAAAUUAAUUGCAAUCCCCCUCCCCCAGCAUUAUGUGAUGACAAUAAGGGCAGGCUUAGGAAGAGUAAUCAAAUAAUUAAUUUUUGCAAUUUAGUGACUUUAGUCACAUCAGAUGAGGCACCAGGAGGAUCAAAAUAGAAAGUAUGCUGGAGAUCCAUAGACUCUUGUUAAUUUUAAUAGUAAUUAGUAUAGUGCUAAUUGAGUUUUUCUCCUCCUGAUGCACACAUGUAGUUUUCUUGAUGGUAUUAUGGAAAUAAUUUGCCACUGCUUUCUUCUGGGAUGGUUUUUCAACUUUCCAAUCUAGCCUAUCUCCAAAAUAUUCUUAUGUGGCUAGCUAUUCAGGUGCUAGCUAGACUAACCCCACUUGCCUUCUAAGAUCAGCCAAAGUCUUGCUCCAGCAGGAUAAUGGUCAAAGUAUUGGAAUUAGACUAGGGAGACUCAUGUUCAAGUUCCUGAUUAGCCCAUCUCUCAGACUAGGAAUUUCUCACAAAGUUACUGUAAGGAUGAAUUAGGAGAGACUAGUGAAAUCUUUAAGACUCAUCACAAAAAAGCACUUGGGAUGCUCCUUUGGGUGAAGGUUAAUUGGAAAUGAGAAAGAAAAGGGCUAGAAAUAUUAUUUCCCCUUAUUCAUUCUAUUUGUAUUAUGCGUUCGUAAUUUGGGAGUGAUGGGGGGGGGAAGGAAGUUGAAAAUGAAACAGUAAAAAAAGAAAGAGGUAGCCCUCCUAAACCCACGUGCUGCAUUACUUAUCUUGAUUUUGCUUACUGACUUGAGAAUAAGUGAAAAGAAAUAGAACAGCAACAUGCUGUAACUAUAUAAUACAUGUAGUUUCUCUUUUAGCCACUGGGAGUCAUUGUAGUGGUCAAGACAUAUCCAGAAUGUAUAACUUCCCUAGCAAAAGAAUCUUAUUAGGUUGACAGCAAUCAGAACUACUACUGUUUACAUCAGGGGCUGGAUAAGCACAAUUGUCCUAACAUCUAUACACUCUCUGUAAUUAGCUUAAUAAAUAGUUGAAAAAAAAGUGAAGGAACAUUGAAAUUGCUGUAGGACUGCUUAUAUACAUUAAGGGUGCAGGAACUGUGGUUGCCCCAAUGUUGGUAAAUUACAGUUGCCAUUAGCCAUGCUGGCUGGGGUUGUUGGAAUCGUAGUUCAUCAACAUCUGGAGACCUAGAGGUUUCCACCUCUGCUAGAGACACAGUGUUAGGAUUUUACUGUUAAACUUCAAAUCCAUCACCUACCCACCAACCAACUUCUAAACUAGUCUUUUUCUGGAAGAAUGUGCAUUAGCCUGUUUCUGAGUGAAGGUUUAAUUAGCAACCCUAUUACCUGUAAUGAUUGCACCUUAUGUUAUUUAUUUAUCCCCUCCCCUUUGUAUCAUGUAAAAGCUGCUAGAAAUCUCAGUGUACUUAAAAAUAACUUUUCUAUCCAUCUGCCUCUGUUUUUGUUUAUUUCAUAUGUCAAAGAAAGAUUUGUGGAAGAAAAAUAUUAAGGGAAUUUUUCUAAUAGAAAGCAUUAAAUGUAUUCACACUUCAAGGAAAUGUAAGACUGUAACCAUUUGAAAACUAUAAUAAGCUAAAAUAGUUUGUUAUUUUAGUGCCCAUGCCUUUUAAAACCUCUCCGGAUUUUUUAAAAUAGUAGAAUGCCCUGGAGAAUGUUGCUGGAAUACACAAAAGAGCAAAGCAAAUAUAGUUAAGUAAACAUUCUUCAUCACCCUCAUGUCUUCAAAGAGGGGAAUGAAGUUCCUAAAAUUUCCAAUUACAGAAUUCUGGAAUUCUAGUUCCAAGAGGUGAGGAGACCACUAGAUUGGGGGAAAUUGUUUUAGAAAUACAGUUAUUCCUAUAAUUAUAACUCUGCUUUUCACUUUUUUUGAAAUCUAAAUAUACCAAUGAUCCUUUAUCCCCAUAUUCAUCAAUAUUCUGUAACUUCAGGGAAAUAAGUUUAUCAUGACAUAAAUGAUAUGUCAUAUCAUGAUAUAAAUGAAAAAGAGCAAAAUAACUUUGGUGUGAUAUUACUGUUACCAUGCUUGCUAUUAGAAUCAUUAAAGUCAUGUUGCUUCAUGGACUAGCACUGGAGAAUCAGAAAUGCAUAGAUUUCAAAGAUAUUAAGUAAUCUUGAUACAUGGACAGGAUCUAAAGAACUUCUUUGGCCAUGCCUUCUUAGGAUCUCCUUGAAUAGGAGCAUUCAUCAAUGUGGUUUCAAAAAUUCCAUGUUGAAGUCACUGUAGCUCCAAUACAAUAGUUCCUUGCUAUUGUUUUGCCCCUUCUUUUGAAAAUGAUUCCAUAAAGUUGUACAUUUGGUAUGUGCAUUAUCUGGAUGACGCAGUCUUUCUUUAUUCAUUUAAAGGCAGUGGUUGGUACAGAGGAAUAGGAAGAGGUAAGUCACCAUCACAACACCAAAUUCAGUAAAGAACUACUGUAAUCACACAAGACAAAUCUGAACCCCACUUAAGGUGCAUUAUUCUCCCAAAUAUUUAAUAUUUAGUAUUUAUUUAGCCCAGGAUAUUACUGAGAUGAUUCUUAGGGCUGACCAUGAGCAUGCAUAUACCAUUUUUUUCUUUCUCACUCUAAGCAGUUGCAAAACUGAAAUUAGUUUUUUUUUUUAAGAAUGAUCUUGAAGAAAGUCUGUGAAAUUUUUGAGGACAAUGCAUUUUCUAUAUCUAUGGAUGAUUCUUCACCAAAAAUUCAAGGAAGUUUAGCUUCAGUAGCUUAACAGUUUUGAUUAUUGCUGUCUGAUCUAAAUCGAACUGCAUUAAUUUUAACAAAUCACUUGGAUUACUUUUUUCCAUUCUUGAGGUAGAAAAACAUGGAUACACCAAUAUUGGCAGUUUCAUUUUCCAAUUAUUUUUCUAUUACUGUAUUUGUCACAUGAAGUUCAGUAUUUGUAGUUGUUACACUCUGAAUUAACAUGUUUGUUGUGUUAACUGUAGAUACAGGUUUUUGGCAUUUCUCUCACUCUCAAAGAAAAAACCCUACCUCUUGAUAAACACAAAAGGAAUUCUGGCAGUGAUACAAGAAA